AUGCUUCUCCUGCUCAGCCUCGCCGCCCUCGCGGCCGCCGUCUCCGUGCGAGACGCGGCGGCGUACAAGCCCAAGUUCCGCAUCUCGCCCAUCGACGGGUCCAAGAUUGCGCUGCCCACGCGCGAGCAGCUCACCUGGCAGGACAAGGAGAUUGGCGUGCUGAUCCACUACGAGAUCGCGACCUACCUCGACAUCGACGGGUGCAACAACGUGCCGGACCUGGUGCCGGCCGUGUCCCUGUUCGACCCGACGCUGCUCAACACGGACCAGUGGAUGGACUCGAUCGUCGCGCUGGGCGCCAAGUACGCGACGCUCGUGGCCAAGCACAACUGCGGCUUCGCGACGUGGCCCAGCAAGGUGCGCUUCCCGACGCGGGACGGUGACCACCGCAAGGCCGGGUACAACUACACCAUCGCGGACACGCCGGUGCACGGCACGGACCUGGUCGGCAAGUUUGUCAAGUCGGCGAAGCGCUACGACGUCGGGCACGGCUUCUACUACAGCGUCGUGGUCAACAACUUUCUCAACGUGCAAAACUCGGCCGUCCGCGACACGAAGCUGGCGCCGGGCCAGGUCGGCAUCACCAACGAGACGUACAACCAGGUCGUCUUUGACCAGCUGACGGAGCUCUGGACCAAGUACGGCACGCUGACCGAGAUUUGGUUCGAUGGCGGGUACAGCUCCGCGCAGAUGGGCAAGAUCGAGGACCUGCUCCAGGAGCACCAGUCGCAGGCCGUCAUCUUUAACGGCUGCCAGGAGAACGGCACAUGCGUGUCGGCCAACUCGGUUCGAUGGAUUGGCACAGAGAUGGGUGAGGCGCCCGAGGAGAACUGGUCCACCGGCUUGACCAACGACGGCGGCGACUCCAAGAGCCCCUUCUUCUGUCCCGCCGAGUGCGAUACCACGCUGCAGACGCAGGACCGCUGGUUCUGGGGCGUCGACCAGCCGCUGCGAUCCAUCCAGGAGAUGAUUGACGUCUACCACAAGACGGUCGGGCGCAACUGCGUGCUCGAGCUGGACCUCGCGCCGGACCGCAGCGGCCUCAUCCCCGCCAACCAGGCCGCGCGGUACAAGCAGCUCGGCGACUUCAUCAAGUCGUGUUACGGCAAGCCCAUCGCCGCGAAGCGCUCCAAGCCCGCCGGCAAGGGCGCCUACUCGAUCAAGUUUGCGCGCCCGACGGCCAUCGACCGGGUGUCGCUCAUGGAGGACCAGACCAACGGCCAGGUCAUCCGGUCGUACCAGGUGCACGCGCGCAUCGUGGACGCCGACGGCGAGGGCGGCGACGACGAUAAUGUGCCCUGGACGUUGGUGUCCAACGGCACCAGCGUCGGCCACAAGAAGAUUGACAUCUUUGACAAGCCAGUCACGGUGACGGAGCUGCUCGUCAACUCGACGUUUGUCGACACGCCCAAGUGGCGCUCCGUGACGGCGCACUUGUGCGACGAGCUGACGGCCAAGAUGGUGGCCGCGGCAGAGUAG